GUACAACGCAGCGCGCCGGCUCCGCGCUCACAGCUCUUCCCUUCUAUAUCCUCUAUAUUCUCACCCCCUCCUGACGAUUCGAUCGCUUGACGCGGUCACGCGCUCUUCUCAAUUCCGUCUCACUUGAAGGUAUUCCAUCCCUUCCCUCCCCCUGCCUCAUUUCUCGCUGUCAGUCUCCGCACUUUAUAACCACUCUUCACACCCCACCUACGAUUCUGCCACUCUGGUCGGCGCGAGCUUUUUGCCGCUUCACAGUCAGUCAUCGGUGGUUGUACGUGUAUUACGGGCAUGCCUGCUCUUCCAAGUGUCAAAACUCACAGAUGUUAAAUACAAUAUAAUUCCCGGAAUUUCAAUAUGUUCAAUUCCAAUUUUCUGUUUGAGCAGCUGUAAGAGUUCCAAUCCUAGGGCAACUACGAAGAAACCGGAAGCAGUUCUCUCUAGGGAACAUAUAUCGAGAUGCGCUAUUAUAUUUAUUGUGACGGAAGGACAAAUCAGGCGCAAAUUUUUCGGCAAUUAAAGGUGUGAAGAAAUGAACAUAUUGAGGAUAUAUGUAGUGAGAGUGACAACGAUUUCAAGUGCGUGUGAACCCAUGUGAUGUACGUGACAUUAAUUAUCUUGCUAAUACAUGAAAUUCCAGUGCAAUAAAUGCUGUAAAAUAUAAGGAAACAUUUUAUUUAAAAAAUCAUAUUUACUAAACAAUCCGAGUGAGAGAAAUAAAUAAACAACACAAAAAAAGUGACAAGUCCCCGUCUUCUUAGGAAUUAAGAUUUAAAGAAAAAUAACGCGAGGUGAGCAAAUACGUACUAAUAUUUUGGCAAACAAGUAGUAACGACAAAGUCUGAUAGUCAAAGAUAUAUAACGAACAUAAAAAUUAUAUGCAGGAAAAUGUAAACUAAGAUCACCAGUGACGCAAUUCAAUGGACAGUCCUUUAUUUCUCUCAGGCUUGAACGCAAUGCUGAGUGCCUCGGUUGUGAUCGAUCAGGUCAAGCAGCGGGCGAAAAGUGUAAUAUUUUGGUUACGAAGGUCCGCGAAGGCCGACUAAAGAAUGACCGCGCGUUUACACUCGCUUAAACACGCUGAGAAGGAUUCAACUGUGAAUAAUAAUUCUCAGAGCCACCAACACCAACCGCAUCAACAAGUAACGCAACAGCGAUCGAGCCCGGCCUCAAGUCCUAGUCCAAGUCCGACCUUAAGCCCGAAGCUUUCGGACGGGCGUCGAGCCAAUAAACCACUCAUGGAAAAACGAAGGCGUGCCAGAAUAAACCAAUCACUAGCGGCACUCAAGACGCUUAUACUGGACAGUGCGCGGCUGGAAAAUACGAAGCACAGCAAGCUUGAGAAAGCCGAUAUCUUGGAACUUACUGUACGACAUCUGCAAAGACAGAGGUCAUUGACGCAACCAGGCUUGUCAAAGUACAAAGCUGGAUAUCACGAUUGUUCGCGAGAGGUGAGCCGUUACCUAGACGCACCAGACAUAAUAACUGGCAACACCUCCCCAAUGGAUCCAGCUAUGAAACAACGCUUACUGCGUCACUUAGAUAGCUGCGUAUCAGAGUUAGAUUUGGACUUGGGUUCUCGACCAGACAGCGGAAUAGGGAGUAGUCCAGGAAGCGUCACGGAUCGCGUAUCGGGUGUGACAAGCCCAAAUCCCAUGGACCACCAUACGCCAGUAACGCCACAUUCGAGCGCAUCAUUAAACUCGUCAGCGAUUAAGUCUGAAAUUUCAGAACUUGAGACAACGAGACCAGAUAGUAGCACGACAACAGGAGACGAAAACAACAAUAGUAGCAGACCACCAUCAGCAUUCAGUCAAGUAAAUCCACCGACACUGGAUAGCCAUUUCUCGGGAGGAGUUGUUAUGGAUCAGCAGUCGACAUCAUCAUCGAAUCCCAAUAUGCUAUCGGUAGUGCAAGUCAUACCCUCGAGAUUACCAGACGGCCAGGUAGUUUUUCUACUACCUAGCCACUACGUCCAGCUUGCAGCAGCUGCCGCAGCAAAUGGCAUCAGCAUUGGCCCUAACCCACCAACGGCAAUCUGGGCGGCUACCAACAUGUCUCUACUGAGAGCAACUGACAAACUUUUGAAAAGGUCACACGUGAACGUAUCUCAAGAUUGGAUAGAUGGUAAUAAACCAUCAAAAAGUCCAAGAAUUGAGGUAUCCGAACAACCAUUGGAUUUUACAACAACUUCUCAGAAGCUCAAAUCUCGACUUGAGCUCCAAGCACAGACUGAAUUAAUUAUAUGCCAUGAACGGCCCUCUAGUCAUGAUGGAAGUGAAGGACUCGUGACAACAUCACCCAGUAGCCAAGUUGUGAAAGAGGAGGAGAGCAUGUGGAGGCCUUGGUGAAAUAAUUAUUCGCUCGACUUCCCUUAUAAUCGUGAUUAAACAAUUGAUAUGACGCGUCGUGUGUACAUAGUCAUCGAGGAGAACGAGAAAGAUUAUUUCUAUUUGCAAGAUAUAGAUUUAUUUGGAUGUUAUCUAGGUAUAUGUGCAGCCAAUAUCUAAACCUACUUGAGUGAAAGAACUUGUGGACUGAUGGAAGUUUGCUUAGCUGGGAUUUAGAUAAAUGAAAAAAUUGAGUGGGAAUAAGAUCAUCCAGUAAUUAUUCGGCCAAAGUUCAUUCGAAGGACUUUCUACGAUCACCAAUGUUGGAAUAAAUUUUCCUUUCUCUUGAAAUAUACCAAUGAAAUUCAGUAUUCGAUGUACUUAGUUACUCAGUCAAUAUGAAAAUAAAUAUAUAGAAACCGGCAGAUA